GAUUUUUUUCUUUUUUCUUUUUCCCUCUGUUUCUCUUCAGUCUCUCCUCCACUUUUGCUUCCAAUAAUGUCUUAACACCAAACCCUAUAAAACGCUUAUGUAUCAACAAAUAUGUCAUUUAUUUUCCCACCUCAUACCCUCGUGAACUUCAGAAAUCCCCAAUUACUCCUCUUUGUUUUCAUGUAAAUAUCUCUCAACCUACACAACAAUAUCUUCAAAUCUCAGUGCAUUCUCAGCUCUUAAUGGAGAUUUUUCAUAUACUCCCCUGAUUAUUAGUGUUCAGUUACAGAAUUUUUUUUCCCUUUUUGGUUUGUUUAUUUAAAUUUGGCACGAUUCUCGAGUUAUUGAGAAAAGGAAGAUCUUUAAAUUUGUCGAAAUAAAGUUGGAUUUAUUUAUGCUUUAGGUGUUUUGGAGAUACUGAAUCUUUAUUAAAGCACUUUCUUUGCUCUAGAAUACUGGGCCAAACAUUCCUAACUUUUACUUCCGAAACUGAAGGGUGAAAAUUGGAUCAAUAUAUGAGGUGUCAUAAUUUAUACACCAACAAAUUUGUGUCGGUCAAUAAUAUGACCUUAGCUGCAGUUGGGAAGUAUAUAUGCUGAGCAAGGAAAUGCUGUCAGCUUGCAUUCAGCUGGAAUGAAGAACUCACAGAGUACACAAGAAAUACAAUCCUCAACCCAAGUUUCACAUGAAUCCCAAAAUGAUCAACAAAACAACCAAACAACAGAAGCUCCUUUGGCAGACUCUGGUUCAAUAUCUGCAUCAAGCAAUGAUGGAAGAAAAGUUUCACGCCAAGAUAUUGAACUUGUCCAGAACUUAAUAGAAAGGUGUCUACAGUUGUAUAUGAAUAGAGAUGAAGUUGUUAAAACCCUCUUGACUCGCGCGAGGAUAGAUCCUGGAUUUACAACUUUGGUGUGGCAGAAGUUGGAAGAAGAAAAUGCUGAUUUCUUCAGGGCUUAUUACAUUAGACUGAAGCUGAAGAAGCAAAUUAUUUUAUUCAAUCAUUUGCUUGAGCAUCAGUAUAAUCUAAUGAAGUAUCCAGUACCUCCAAAGCUUCCAUUGGCUCCCAUACAAAAUGGGAUUCAUCCCAUGCCUGUUAACAACUUACCUAUGGGGUAUCCAGUGCUUCAGCAACCUCCAAUGCCAGCUUCUGGUCAACCUCAUCUUGACUCCAUGGGUUGUGGAAUCUCAAGUUGUCAUGUGGUCAAUGGAGUACCAGCACCAGGCAAUUUUCAUCCUAUGCGAAUGAAUUCUGGGAAUGACAUGGUUAUGGACAACAGUGCAGCAGAAGUAGCUCCCGUUAUUCCUCCAAGCAGUGGCAUGUCAUCCAUGUCAGAGAUGGCUGUGAGUCCUACAUCAGUGGCAUCUAGUGGCCAUUUCCCCUUCACUGCAUCAGACAUGUCAGGAAUGGGUGUAGACACUUGUGCACUUGAUACAACAUUCACAUCUGAUGUGGCUAGUACAGUGGGGUUGCAGCUUGUACCGGAUGGUGGAGCUGGAAAUUCUAGAGACUCCCUUAGAUCACUGGAUCAGAUUCAGUGGAAUUUUAGCCUCUCAGAUCUAACAGCGGAUUUGUCAAACUUGGGGGAUUUAGGAGCUCUGGGAAACUAUCCUGGUUCCCCUUUUCUGCCCUCUGAUUCAGAACUUUUGCUUGAUUCCCCAGAUCAAGACGACAUAGUGGAGGACUUCUUUGUUGAUUCAGUCCCGGGACUGCCAUGCUCUCAGUCGGAUGAAGAGAAAUCCUAGAAUAAGGUGAAGCUAUUUUCUAUUGGAAAUUGGUAGGAUAGGAGAAAGUUAGAGCAAUAAAAUAGUCAUUCAUCAAUCAUCAUCAACAUAGUGGACAGGCUGCUUUUGUUAUCAUUAACAAAUGUGAUCUCUUAAGCGUUGUAGUAAUCUAGACUAAUUGAUAUUAGACUGCAAUAGGGAAAAGUAGCCAUGUUAUUGUUGUAAUUUUCUUACUUUUUUUACCAGAUUGUGGAUAUCAAACUGUAAUAAAUGGGAAAGGUGAGGACCAUUUUCCUUGAUCAUGUAUUAUGCGUCGUUACCAUUUAAAAUCCCCUUGAUUAUUUGACCUCA